AUGCAGAAUAUCAAGCUUGUGGUGGUGGGAGACGAUGGGGUGGGGAAGACCAAUCUGCUCCUCACGUACACGCAGAACAGGUACACGGGCAACACGGGCUACACGCCGUUGGUGAUGGACAACUAUGGCGGGACAAAUGUGAUGUUCGGCUCGACGCCUGUCUCGCUCUCGAUGUGGGACACAACAGGCUGCGAGGACUACGAUCGCCUGCGUCCGCUCUCGUAUCCGUAUACAGAUGUCUUUCUCGUCUGCUACUCUGUGGCGUCACGGACAUCGUUUGAGCACGUCGCCUCCCGGUUCGCUCCCGAGAUCACCCACCACUGCGGCGAUGCUCCCAGGAUCCUCGUCGCGCUCAAGGCCGACAUACCCGAAGACGAUCGGACAGUCACAUACAAGGACGGCCAAGAGCUUGCCGAUGCCAUCGGCGCCGCUGCCUUUGUCGAAGUCUCGUCACUCCUCCACCUCGGCACUGAUUCCGAGACCGACUCGGAUCUCCGCACAACUGUUCCGGCCGUCUUUCAGCUCGCCAUCAAGACAGCGCUCGAGAACUGUAGCUCGACAUCAGGCACGCCGCGAUCCAAGCACAAGUGCUUGAUCAUGUAAACCCAAGCAGUAUUUG